AAACUGUAACGUAUCAUGGAUUUUUUGUCAGUGAAAGAAUAUCCGGAGUAACCUUGCACUGGUUUAGAACCUGCGCAAGGUAAAUACAAAACAGUUUAACGGUUUUUAUCCUCAUUUGCGUGCGAACGAUCAUCCAUAGAGAUGAACAAUGGCGGGCAAAGCGGAGGUGGCGUUCCGUUUGGGCCGAACGUAGUGAUAGAAUCGGGAACAUAUGGAAAUUGUGUCCUCUGUGGGUUAACUUUAAACCAUGGGCGAUAUCCCCAACUUCUACCCUGUUUGCACUCUAUUUGUCAAGCAUGCCUGCCCCCAGUCAAUCCAGGGAUGCAGAAAGAUCUCUCUAUCUCUCCAGCAUGUCCGUCCUGUGACAUGCCAUUUAAUAUUCUGGAAGUCAAAGAUAAUCUCUUUAUUAAGAACUCUUCCAACGAUCUCUGGACUGGUAAUGUCCAGUGUACCUGUUGUGAGGGGUUUGUGGCGAGUGGCUGGUGUGUGGAGUGUGGAGAGGCGCUGUGUUCGGAGUGUGUAUCUGCACACAGAAGAGUGAAGGUCACGAAGGACCACACUAUCCGGCUCCAACGCCCAACAGGAGUCUCCGCUCCCACAGUGUUUUGUCCCACACACAAACAUGAGCCAAUCAAGCUCUUCUGUUUGACCUGCGAUCAGCUGACCUGUCGAGACUGCCAACUAAUGGAUCACAGGAACCACAGUUUCCAGUUCCUCCAUGAGGCGAUGGUCAGCCAGAAAGAGCAGCUUCAGUCCCUGGUGCAGAGAGUGAGGCAGCAGAGAGUUGCAGUGAAGCAGAGCCUCCUGGACAUGGACGGCAGAUUGCUAGACAUAACACAACUCAAGUCCAAGCUGAGGGAGAGCCUGAAGAGAAUGCUUUUUGCUACUGUUCAACUCUUGAAAUCGAGAGCCACGUCGCUCUACAACAACAUAGAGACUAUGUGUAAUGCCGAGGUGGCAGGGAUCGAGACGAGACGGAGUGCACUAAACAAACUGGGGCAGAGGCAGGACUAUGUUGCUGACUUUGCUGAGAAAGCCCUGAAUGUGGAUGACUUCUUUGCCCUGCUCUCCUACAAAGGGCAGAUUGGAUCCCAGUUACAGCAUCUCUUGACUCAGAGUACUGAGCCCCCGGGGACCAUGCUUAAGUUGCAGCUGGUGAUUACGGAUGACUUCAAGAAACAAAUAGCUUCCUUUGGUAAACUUUUGGGUGAUAUUGUUCCCUUUGCCCAAUCACAUGUUAGUCAAGACAACCCCCUGGAAAACCAAGAAAGACCCAAUGCUCCCUCUGGCCAGACCUCUUCCAGUGCUCCUAACAUGUCCAUCCAUUCUGUUCCCCCUCCACAUAACCCUGUCAUCCAGCCCCCACUCUCCUCUUACACUGCCCCAUCCAACCCCCUCAGUCAGCCCUCAACUUCCCAGCCCUUCACCUCCCGUGAGCCUCCUCCUUAUCGCUCCCUGCCUGUCCACACCCCUUCAAGCCUUCCAUUGAGCCAUCCUGUGACACCCCAGCCCUGCCCAUCUACGCUAGCCCCAUCUCACCCCUCCCUGAAUAUACAUAAUCCACCAUUCUGUCUACCACCAAACCCUGCCCAGCCAUCACUUGUCCCUGCACUUCAUGUCCGGUCACCAUUGGUCCCCACAAACCCUGCCCAGCCAUCACUUGUCCCUGCACUUCAUGUCCAGUCACCAUUGGUCCCCACAAACCCUGCCCAGCCAUCACUUGUCCCUGCACUUCAUGUCCGGUCACCAUUGGUCCCCACAAACCCUGCCCAGCCAUCACUUGUCCCUAAACUUCAUGUCCAGUCACUGUUGGUCCCCACCAACCAUGCCCAGCUAUCCCCUGUUCAGCCUCCAACCUCCCCAUCUCUCCAACCACUGAUCGAGGCCACACCUAGACUUUAUGGUAUGUUCAAGGCAACUCCUCCACCUGGACGAUCUCGGAGAUUGAAGGAUGGAAAGUCCUGGACGUUCCACUCAUACUCACCUGUAGAGAUCUGCCACCCACCUUCUGGCUCGUCCUCUCCUGCAGCCGUAGCUCAGCAUCAAAAAAGGAAGUUUCCAAAAUCGCAGCUACUGUGGAUCCUCCAUCAGCCUCCCUCUGUAAACCCCAUCCCUGUCCUCCCGGUGAAAGCCCUAGCAGACUCCCCCUGUGAUAGAAGCCUGCCUCCUACUGGCCUGGCAGACCCUGACCCAAACUCUCAGGCCAGGGAGAACGAGCCCACCUCUACUGUCACUGAGUUGGAGACUGACACAGAGGCAGACAGUGCUAUGGAGUUGGAGGUCCCAUCAGCCUGGGCUGAUAGAAAGGCAGCUGCCUGCUCAGACAGUACUUCUUCAGAUCUGCCUUUCACAGGGACUUUGUCUACUGAGAGGACCUCUAAUCAUCUCUCUUACAGUGUCUUAACCCACACCCACCACCCCAAAGAAGAAACUGACACGGACCCUAACAGUAAACCCUCUUCUGUGGGUAGGACCCAUACUGCCCCCCACAACAAUAAAAAGAUAGCUUAUGACCAACAACAUGAGGAUGCUAUCAGGUCACUUCAUCGGCGUGUGAAUAGCUGGAGAACUGAGCUGCCAACACGCAUUAGAGUGCUACUGGAGGGACCCUCUCCACUCCCCACCAGGACAGAUUCGGUGGUGGCCACUGAAAUGCCAACCAGGCAACCCAACACCACCCAGCCACCGAGCUUAACCAAUAGCAACAAUGUUAACAACUCAAGGUACUGGCAACCAAGGGUCUUGAUGUUUCGGCUUCCCAUCUCCACCCCCACUCCUGGAUGCUCUCUUCCUCAGUUCCUGCUUGUCCAAGGGGCCAGCAAAGAUGAGAUUAUUCUGCAAGAGAUUGCAGAAGACCACCAGUCCCAUGGCGAUGACAUCACACCACCAGAGUCAGACAGCCUCCUCUGGACUAAGGCCCUGUCCUCCCCAGAGAGUCCCCCACUGCUCCAGUAUGUGACCUGUGCGGCCUGUCACACUGUUGGCGGUUCGCUAUUCUGUGUAGAGUGUGGGAGGGGCUACCACCAAGAUUGUCAUAUCCCACCCAUUGGUCCUUCCUUCUGGGAGGAGUGGAAGUGUUCACUUUGUCAGGACCUGGCCGACACCACAGACCCCUACAGUGAUAACAGGCACAGGACUAUGUGCCUCAGCCUAGCAGACCAGCGGAAAUGUGAGCAUCUCCUACUCUUUCUAAGGUGUGAGAAUGACAGAAACAUCCUUUGCAGCACAGCUGAGCCCCCCUCAGAUUCAAUAUGUCUUGACUCCAUACAUGGAAGGCUGCUACAACAUCGAUCACCCCCUUACCGUACCCCCUCCGAAUUUGUCUCUGAUGUCUGGGUCCUUUUCGACACCAUGUUGAUGAACUCAAAGGACCAGGAGUUGGUUGUCAAGCUACGGGGCAGCUUUCAGAGCAAGUUAGGGGAAGUGUUCGGGACAACUCUCCACCCCUCCCUCCUCAGCCACCCUAACGGCAGCUGGACUGAGACAGGGGAACCUGGGGAACCAACGGCUGCAGAGUCUCUGAAGAGGAUGAGGGAGUUGCUGAAUAUGACCAAAGUGCCAAAAGCUAAGAAACGUCACUCCCAGGUCAGAGUUGAAACAGAUGAAAAUGAAACUAAAAUGAAGAAAAUGAAAAAGGAUGCAGACUGAAAAAUGGCCAUUUGAAGUGGCGACUCAGAAAUGCUAUGUUGUUAGUCAGUUAUAUACAACUGACAUUGUACUUUUUAAAAUUAAAUUAAAUACAAAAGGGA